AUGAUCCAGCCUCUCCAGUGUGUCCUGUGCCUGAUGGGCGGUCACUGCUCCUGUUCUCCUUCAGUAUAAAGGAGGUGAGGAGCGACCUGUUGCGCUCUUAUAGCCAAGUUGCCAAACCAGAAAGAAGAACUUCACCAAAGACUGCAGUGCGAUGGAUUUUAAAGAGCUUGGAGAGGAGUCCUCCGAGGUUGACACCGAGGAUCUGGACAACGUGAAGGCGCUCACAGAGAAGCUGAAGCUGCAGACGCGCAGACCUUCCUAUGUGGAGUGGCAGGAGCGCGUCCAGAGUUCACCGUGGAAGGAGGAGAGUAGUCACCCAGCAGCAGCAGCAGCAGCAGCAGGAGAAGAAGACAGCCCUGCACCGGACUCUGAAGGACAAGUAGUCUCCGUGCCUGAACUUAUGAGAGAUGAGAACUCAGAGCUGGUUGUGCGCAACAUCUGUGGCUUUGACACUAUUGAUGAUGCUUUGGACUUUCUGAGAAAAGAGCUGAGGGAGAUGCAGGUCCAGGACAACCUCCUGGCCCGUCAGCUCAUCCGUCUGCGUGCGGACAUCCACCGGCUGAAGGUGGAGCAGGUGUGCGACCGCCACAAGGAGAUGCUGGACGAUGCCACGUACGAGCUGGAGGAGUGUGGCGAGGAGUCGGACCUGCUGUGUGACAUCCCCAUGAAGGCCGCCUUCGCCCUGUCCGGCCCGCUCAAACACCUGGGCCUCACCAAGAUGAACAUCAACUCCAGACGUUUCUCACUGUGUUAAAACAAACUUAUACUGGAUGUUCCCAUGUCCUCCUCCUCCUCCUCUUCCUCCUCCUCUGUGUUUGUGUUGGCUUAGGCUUAUUUCCUCCCCGGGAGCUGUUUGAUGAAGUGAAGAGUGACUGCUAGCUAUUGGUGCCCUGGGUGGAAAUGAACACGACUGUGCACCUUGGCUUGACAUGCAUUGGGAAGCCUCAGUGUGCAGACCUGUAGGGGCACACACACCCUUACUAUAAUACAAACACACCUUCCUGCUGGAUGGAGCUGCUCUACUGUUGACUCUGCUUUACCAUGUUAACCAGAGUAGAGAGACGAAGGCUUAGAGCUACACUGAGAUGUAGAGGUAGAUACAUAAUUGGCAUUAUAUCUUAUACCCAAUGAUUUGGUAUUGUAAAAACAAAUUUUAACUUGUGCCAAAGAAGUGCCAAACAGUUGUGAGGAGAGUAGAAGAAGAAGCUCACUUCAGAAAAGAAGCUUCAUGGUCGCAGUUACAUUAGACAGGUGAGACUACUUUACAUUAGUGGUUCCCAACCUAGGGGUCAGGGCCCAGACAAGGGGUUGCAAGAUAAAUGUGAGUUUGUAAUGCGAUUAACAAGAUCGGAACCAGAAAAAGAUUUUCUGCUAGUUUUUUUUUCUCCAUUGAAUAAUUCUCUUCUACCCUCUGGUUGGACUGGUUAAAUCCAGUGAUGAGGGUUUGCAAGUUGCAUUUUAAAGGAACAGUGUGUAACAUUUUGGGGGAUCUAUUAGCAGACAUGGAAUAUUCAUAACUUUGUUUUCAUUAGUGUAUAAUCACCUGAAACUAGGAAUUGUUGUGUUUUUUGUUAGUUGAGAGUGAGUCUUUCAUAUCUAAAUGGGGAGUGGGUCCUCUAUACGCUAUGUUGCUACACCAUGUUUCUACAGUAGUAGUAGUAGUAACAUUGCCUUUUUUUUUCUUUUAAGCAAAUCACUAAUUAAUUUCACCUCUUCCACCCUCUGGUUGAACUGGUUAUAUCCAUUGAUGAGGGGUUGCAAUUAGAUAUUGUUUAAUUUUAAAGGUACAGUGUGUAGGAUUUGGCGGGCAUCUAGGGGUGUGGUUGCAGAUUGCAACCAAUUGAAUACCCCUCAACUCAUUGCUCCCUUUCGGAUAAGGGUAACGCAGUUUUGCACUCUGCAGCUCGCGUUACCACAGUUUCACAAGCGUGUCGGAGAACUGCGGUGUCCUUCAGGUUACGUAGAAACGCAAAAGGCUCUCUCUAGAGCCAGUAUUUGGUUUGUCCAUUCUGGGCUACUGUAGAAACACGAAGGAGCAACUUGGUGGACUCCGUGAAGAGGACCCGCUCCUUAUGAAGGGCUCAUUCUAAGCUAACGAAAACACAAAGAUUCUUGGUUUCAGAUGAUAAUACUCCAAAGAAAACAUGCUUCCCUGAAAUUUUACACACUGUUCCUUUAAGAGGUCACAUGACAAAAAGUUUUGGGAUAACUGCUUUACAUCACUAAUACAUUUUUUGUGCAGUAAAAAAGUAUGACGGUGGCACGUCUGGUCAGAUAAAGGAAAUGUUCAGCACCACUUUAAAGUAAAUAAUACAGCAACAUAUUCCAGCUGUUGAAGCCUGCAUCAGGGCAUUGUCCCUGUCACUAUCCUCAAAGGAAGUGGAAGGUCACACUCCAGCAUUUCUACGCCUCUUCUUCACAAACCAAAUAUAUCUUUAUUGCCUCAGCGCUGCAGUGACAGGACCCAGGAGGCUGUGCCUAAAGCAUUUUGUUUUCCAUUACCGUGUCCAGAUGCUGCAGAGCACGGGUUGGAAACUGGACAGUGACCAAUAAGAUGAAAUGGUUUAUUAUAUAGCUCGAUAUUAUUAGUAACAGCAAGUAGGACGAAUGAGAUAUUUUUGUUGAGUUGUAACUGUGUUAAAUGUUAAACAAAAACAACUAUUAUUAUUGCUAAAUCAUUCUUCUGUAAUAUGAAUGUAUCUAUUUGACAAAUGAGUAUGUAAAAGAAAUGCCUUAAAAUGUAAAUGUUUUCUUGCACAUACUGUACAACACAAUAUUAAAGAGACUUUACCAUA